CUCUAAAAAGGUUUCAAAACCCUCGAUUCCUCCACUCCCAAAUCUCACAAAACCUUUUCACUAAAGAAGUCCUCGGCUCCAGUUCGAUAAUCUCUAUCACCCACAUCCCUCUUCUUCUCUUAUUCGAUCCCCAUCGGACCCUUGAUCAAAUCCUCUUUCAAAUGGCUCGGGACGUCGAGAAAUUCAAAUCGGCGAAGAGGUCGUACCUGAUCGCCAAGGAGCAGGGGAACCGGUACGAGGAGGCUAGGUGGGCCAACGUGAUUGGAGACAUCCUCAAGAACAGAGGGGAGUAUGUAGAGGCGCUCAAGUGGCUGCGGCUCGAUUACGAUGUGACGUCCCGCCACUUGCACGAUAAGCAGCUUCUCCCGACGUGUCAGUCUCUUGGGGAGGUCUAUCUUCGUCUCCAGGACUUCACGAACGCUCUAUCUUCUCAGAAAAAACAUUUAGAGCUUGCCAAGGAAGCUAAUGACCUUAUUGAACAGCAAAGGGCCAACACCCAACUUGGUCGUACUUACCAUGAAAUGUUUUUGAGAUCUGAAAAUGACCACUUCUCAGUUCAGAAUGCCAAAGAGUACUUCAGAUGUUCAAUGAAGCUUGCGGAGACUGUUAGGGAGAACCCACCUGUUAACGAUAGCAAAUUCUUCCUUAAAGAAUAUAUUGAUGCUCAUAAUAAUAUUGGGAUGCUUGAAAUGGAUCUUGAUAACUUGGACGAGGCCCAGAAAAUCCUAACCAAAGGAUUACAGAUUUGUGCAGAUGAAGAGGUUGAGGAAGAUUAUGAUGGGCGAAGUAGGCUCCAUCACAACCUUGGAAAUGUUUAUAUGGAGCUCAGAAUGUGGGAUGAAGCUCGGAAGCACAUUGAGGAGGACAUUAAAAUUUGUAAGAGAAUUGGGCAUUGCCAAGGGGAGGCAAAGGGGUAUAUCAAUUUUGGUGAAUUGCAUUAUAGGGUUCAGAAGUAUGAGGAGGCACUUUGUUGCUACCGGAAGGCGCUUGAUCUGGCAAAAUCCAUGGAAGAUGAGGAUGCUUUGGCUAUGCAAAUUGAGCAAAACAUUGAGACUGUAAAAGAAGCUAUUAAAGUAAUGGGUGACCUGAAGAAAGAAGAGCAGAAUCUCAAGAAGCUGACCAGAGAAAUGACCAGUGCAAAAGGAACAGCACGUGAGAGGAAGUGUCUGUUGCAGCAAAAUGCAUCUCUCGAUUGCCUCAUCGAGAAAUCGAGAAUGAUCUUGGCAUGGCUGAAGCUUCUUGAAUUUGCUAAAAGGAAGAAGAGAGUAGCAAGUGCACUUUGUGACAAGGAAAAGCUGGGUGAUUCAUUUCUGGCUAUUGGAGAAUCAUACCAGAAGAUCAGAAAAUUUAAUAGAAGCAUUAAAUGGUACAUGAAGAGUUGGGAAACAUACAAGUCAAUAGGUAACUUGGAGGGGCAAGCAUUAGCAAAAAUCAACAUUGGUAACGUUUUGGACAGUGAUGGCAAUUGGACAGGAGCACUAGAUGCAUUUGAGGAGAGCUACAGGAUUUCCAUUGAAGCGAACCUUCCUUCUAUACAGCUUUCUGCACUAGAGAAUAUGCACUAUAGCCACAUGAUAAGAUUUGACAAUGUUGAAGAGGCCAGGAGAUUGCAGCGUUUAAUUGACAAAUUGAAGCAGUCAGGAGAUAAGGAGCUUGAAAGACAUAAUGUGGCAGAGGAUUGCUGCUCUGAGACUGACACGGAAGGGAAUGAUCAUUUGUCAGAAAGUAGGUAUAAUGCACGCUGCUCACCUGAGAUGAGUAAAUGGAAUUCUAGCAGAUCAAAGUCUGUAGCCAGUGUAGAAGAGUUGAACGACGAUGUUCCUCUGAUUUCUCUCAUUGGAUCGGGUAAAAAUUCACCCAAAAUGAAAUCAGCUCAGUCAGGAAAGCAAAAUAUUUAUACUCAGCCUACCAAAGUUUUGCCAAAAAGUUUGUCUAAAUCCACCAGUGAUCAGCGGACAGUUGUUGGUCGUAAACGUGUUCGUGUCAUCCUUUCUGACGAUGAGAGUGAAGAACCAGAUGAGGUGAAGUGCUCGAAAGGAAGCCCUGGUAAAUGCCCAGUAGAGGCAGUUGCUACAUCUGAUGAAUUCAAGUGUAAAAAUAAUUUACCCAGACAUAAUUGUAAAUUUCAGGAGGUCCCAGCGGAUGCCUCCCAAUGUGCCACCCGGUCAUGCAAUCCCUUUGAUAUGGAAGAAAGUACUAGUUCAUACAGAUCAAGGAGUCCCAAUGUAGCCACUCAAAAUGGCAAACUAUUCAGAUCUUCAAGCAUUGGUGAAGUUGUUAUUGUGUCUGAUUUUGCUGCUAGUGGUUCUAAAUGUGACAUUGAUGUCAAUGGAAACCUAUUGCAUAAACAUAACGCUGCUGAUCUGAAGUUGCUUGCUGGUGACAGAUAUGAUCAGUGUAUUAUUUGCAAGAUUGACAAGCAACUGAUACUUGUUGAAGCAAGCUCAUGUAUGGAUAGCGAUAAGCUGAGCAUUGAGUCUGUAAAGGUUGAACUGGCAUGCUUAUACUAUUUACGACUUCCCAUUGAAAAGAGAUCAGAGGGUCUGUUACCUAUAAUUCGGCAAAUUAAAUGCAGUGGAAGAGUUGUAGAAUCCUUGGAGACAGUUGAAACUCUUAAAGAUUGUUUGGGAAAAGUCUCCCUUGAAGCUUCUAUAGAUGGAUGGGUCCAAAAGCCUUUGAUAAAACUGUACAUUGACAGCUGCAAUGAGUUAUCUGAGGCACCUAACAUGAAGUUGCUCAAGAAACUAUACAAUAGAAGAAUGGAGGUUUCAGACGAUGAAGUGACUGUAUCUGAAUGUGAAUUGCAAGAUUUAUCAAUAACUCCAUUGGUGAUUGCGCUGCGUGCCCACAAAACAUUUUCCAUGCUGGACCUUUCUCACAAUUUGCUAGGAAAUGGAACAAUAGAGAAGCUUCAAGAAGUGUUUGCAUCAGGCCAAAAUUAUGGUGGGUUAACCUUGGAUCUGCAUUGCAAUCGAUUCGGUCCAACUGCAUUGUUUCAGAUUUGUGGAUGCCCUGUGCUGUGUGCUCGACUGGAAGUGCUUAACAUCUCUGGAAACCGUCUAACUGAUGCUUGUGGAUCUUACCUUUCAACUAUUUUGGAGAGAUGCAAGGGCCUAUGUAGCUUGAACAUUGAACGCUGUUCUAUCACAUCUAGAACAAUUCAAAAGGUUUCUGAUGCACUGAAUGCUGGAUCUGUACUUGAACAACUUUGUAUAGGAUAUAAUAACCCAGUAUCAGGAAAUGCCAUCAUGAAUCUACUGGUCAGGCUUGGCAGUUUGAAAAGAUUUUCAGAACUGAGCUUGAAUGGUUUAAAACUAAGCAAGCCUAUUGUUGAUAGCCUUUGCCGGCUUGCUAAAACCUCGUGUUUGUCAGGAUUAAUGCUUGGGGGCGCUGGUAUUGGAACAGAUGGGGCAUCACAAUUAACUGAGUCCUUGUUCAAUGGAAAUCAAGACUUACUCAAACUUGACCUAUCCUAUUGUGGACUCACUUAUAAAUAUGUUCUUGGACUAAAGAAUGAUAUGGCUACCGGCAUUCUUGAGCUGAACCUAGCAGGGAAUCCUAUUAUGCAAGAGGGUGCAAAUGCAUUAUCAUCACUGCUUAUGAACCCUCAAUGUUGCCUAAGAGUUUUGAGACUCAACAAGUGUCAGCUUGGACUUGCUGGAGUUCUUUGUAUAAUUCAGGCCCUGGCAGAAAAUGACUCUCUUCAAGAGCUUAGCCUUGCUGAUAAUGCCUAUCUGGAUAAACAUUACAGUCUACAAUACAACUUAGCAGGCAAGGGGAGCACAGAAUUUUUAAAAGAAGAACACGAUAUAUCUGAAACAUGUCUGAGGGAGUAUGCAAACAAAGAAGUUGACAGUGGUCGGCAGGAUGCAUGCGCUGUGACCACUGACUGCAAUCAGCUCGAAGUUGCUGAUAGUGAAGAAGAUCCAAUUAGAGUAGAAGUUGCAGCAACUGGAAUUGACGACAGUUGUGUUAGUUCAUGUCAAAAAAGAAUUCCAUCCCCAGAGUGCCAGUUUAUUCAAGAGCUCUCGACUGCCAUUAUCAUGGCAAAGAAAUUGUGCUCUCUGGAUCUUAGCAAUAAUGGUAUCUCAGCACAAGCUGCAGAAGCUUUGUACAAUGCAUGGUCAGGUAUAAGAGUAGGUUCAGCUGAGAGGCAUAUUGAAGACCAGACCAUACAUUUAUAUAUGAGGGGAAACAAGUGUUGUACAAAACCCUGCUGCAAUAAUUAAUUUUUCUUCGCUUGGAGGUCCUUAUCUGAGCGGAAGGGAACGCAGCCAUCACAAGUAUAUACUGGUAGAUGUAGACUCCCAACUGGGGUGCAUCGCUGAUAAAUCUCACAUGGAUUCGGUCGUUCGUGGAUAGCACCUGUUUUAUUUAAACUGUAAAUUUACCUAAAUGUUUGGCAAUUAUAGUCUCUGUUUGAUACUCUCUGGACAUUGGAAAUCUUGGAAUUGAGAAAAAUACGUUUUGAGUGCAAAAGGCACAUGCAGAUCUAAGGAUAACCCCAUUAAU